ACAAAGUUGGGUUUUUUCCUUGCUGCAGAAUACUACUGCUCCGUACUCCUCGCCGCUCCGACCCCGCCACCGCCGCCGUCGCCGUCGCCUCCUCACCCUUGACGGCGAGCAGUCGCGCCUCAGCGGCGUGGGAGGGAGGGAGGGCUCGCUCGCUCCGGGCAUGGCGUGGGCGGCGCUGAGGCCGGUGGUGAAGGCGUGCAUCGGCGGCUCCCUCAUCGGCAUCACCGUCUCCGACCGCUACUUCUCCGUCGCCGCCGUCCACGGCGGCUCCAUGCGCCCCACCUUCGACGGCACCACAGACGGACGCGAGUACGCGCUGGUGAAGCGGAGCCCCCUCUACGACUACUCCCGCGGCGAGGUCGUCGUCUUCCUGUCGCCGGCGGACCACCGGAGCAGGACGAUCAAGAGGCUGAUUGGGCUGCCCGGCGACUGGAUCAGCGUCCCGGACAAGGAGGAGAUCCGGCAGAUUCCCGACGGCCACUGCUGGGUGGAAGGGGACAAUGGCAGCGCCAGCUGGGACUCGAGAUCCUACGGCCCUGUGCCGCUUGGUCUGGUGCAGGGGAGGGUGACGCACGUGGUGUGGCCGCCCGGCAAGAUGGGCCGCGUCGACAAGAGGGUGCCGCCGGAAGGAAGGGUCAUGCCGCAGCAGCGAAACCUCUAGUCCAUGUCUCUUCCUUGCUGGGUUGCUUGCUUUGUCCCGCAGUUUUGUUGGUUGUUGCAGGACAUGAUCAUGUAACAAACAAUGUGGCAGGAGGAGGAAGACAUUGCGCUCCUCCGCCUUGCGAAUGUAGCACAGCAAUAGAUGGAUAGUUUCUUAUGUAACAUAGCUUUUGGUAGGAGCCUGCAGGCAAAUUUUGGUUAGAUGAUGAUGUGUGGUGCAUUGGUUUGAAACUGCAAUAUUUAUUUUCUACUGAAUAAUGUAGUAGUUGAUAUGAAAAGAAGAGAUGUCAAGAUAUAUUAUUUGAACUGAA